GUGUCACUGUCACUUUUAUAGGUUAUGUUGUGUUUUGGUGCAAUACCAGACGGGCUAAUUGUAUGUAUUGAAUAUAAGAUAUAUUCUCAAUAAAUAAUGGGGAAAAGGAAAAAUAAAGAAGCUAAAAAGAAAGUUAACUUAGUUUUUGAUGAAACUAAGAGAAAGGAAUUCCUAUGUGGUUUUCGCAAACGGAAGCUAGAAAGAAAAAAGAAGGCACAGGAGGAAUUGAAACAAUUGUUAAAACAAGAAAAGAAACGGAUAAAACAAGAGAAUAAAGAAUCAUACAAGAAGCUGGUAGUGUCAAGCCGACCUAUUCCUGAUAUAGAGCAACUUCUGCAGGAAGAAUAUGAAGACGAGGAUGUUAAUGUUAAAAUAGUGGAACUCUCAGCAGACACCUUGCAGAAGAAGGACUUAGUAAUAGGUGAAAAUAGACCAAAAGAAAAAGUUCAGACACCUCUGAAAAAAAAUAAAAACAAAGAUGCAGAAAGAGCAGCUGUGGUUCCUGGAAUGGGUUCCGAUGAAGAAAGUGUGGAGGAGGAGUCUGAAGGUGAGGAAGAUGGAGAUAAUAAAAUAAAAACAAAGAAAGAAAUAAAGAGCAUGUUGAAGAAACAGGCAACCAAGAAAAUACAGAAAAGUAAAGUGUUCCAAAUGAAGAGCAAAUUAGAUAGAAUUCAGAACAAAAAGAAGUCAUUACAAAAGAAAGGACACAUGAAAGGAAAAGCUGAUUCAAGGAAAGGUCAUGGAAAAUCUAAGGAUAACCCAAGAAAAGAUAAAUCAAAGAAAAAAGUUGGUAGGAGAAAACAUUGAUUUAUUCUAUAACAAAAUUAAUUAAUGAACUGUUUAAAUCUAGUGAGGUAUUUCACAUAAUUAGGGCUUGAUUCUUUCUUGAGAUUCUUAAAUCAAACUUAUUACAUAAUUGUUUCACCAUAUUAAUAUUCGAGUUGAAAUCAAACUGGCUUUGCAUUUAUAACAAUACAAAAUACCGUUGUACGAAACUAAGGCACUUAUAAUGAAUAUCAGGCAAUGAAUAGACAACAUGCAUUGUAAAAUCUUAAUAAAAGAUUAUCCAUUGAA